AUGUUCAAUCUACCAUUCGCCCAGCUGGACAUGUAUGGCAUUGUCUACCCAGAUCUAAGUCAUAUCGUAUAUCGAAGACUGUGGCUGCAGCGUGCUCCGCGGAGAUGUAUCUACUGCUCCGCAGUGUUAGACAAUUAUCCCUUUCCACUGGUCAAACGUGUCAUCACGGCUUGUGAAGGGUGCUUCUAUCGUCAGACCUUGACAGUAGACGAAGUACAGAUGCAAUACCACAUCUCCACUGCUACUGUUCUCUCCUCUCGAGACAUCAGAGGCAACCAUGGUUCAGUGUGGGUCUUACGUGUCGAUGUGGAAGAGUUGGCCCUGCAACUUUACCGUACUCGAGAAUUUCACAAUGCUCGUAAGGAGCAGUUCGGUAAGCCGUGCUCUCUCUGUGCCAUCACCAGAUUCAGACCAGAGCAUCACAUUGGCAAGCCACGGCCAGCCCAAAAGGCCGCAGUUCGCUUGAUUGCGAAGAAGCGCUCCACGAAGCGCCCAACUCGAUCUUGA